AUGCCACCGAAAUCUAGAAUUGAUGAAAAAGCUUUCCAAAAGGCACUUCAAUCACUUCGUAUUGAUGAAUUGCAUUUGUUGGAUUCAAGUACAUCUACCGGUGGCGUAUGGGGACGUCUAUGUAUUGAAAUGAGUAAACCAGAUAAUAUUGAGAAUCGGCGUGCCUGUUAUGAUGCGUGGAAAAAAAAAAGAUACAACUCACAUGAUAUAGUCAGUAGCAUUUUACAAGAAGUACAACAAUCUACGAACAUUGAGACUGUGCAAAACGAAGUUCCUGAAGAAAAUCUAAGUUGCGACGAACCAUCGACACAACAAACGAAGAUAGGUACACAUAUUAAUAUUACACAAUCUACUUCAUCGACGCCAACAACAUGUACUGCCACUACCAAUGAUAAUCAGCUUACAGAAAUACCUGUGAGUGGAAUUGUAUAA